AUGCCUGUCGAGGCAGCGCUGGGCGCGCUGGACAGGGUGGGCGAGAUGCUCUGGCUCGCCGUUGGUGCCGUUGAUGAGCCCACCGCAAGCCCACCUCCCGCACUCCCACCACCUGCAGACCCCGCAGCUCCUGCACCAGUGGCGCCACUGGCACCACCCAGCCUUCCGCCGCUGCAUGCCUGCUUCGCCGCGUCAAUUUGUGUCUGGGUUAGGCCCAAGCACGGAAAACAGGCAUCAAACGUCCCUACGACCUUUGAUGAUCAGCGACUCUUUGCAUUCAAAGUCGGCGCACUCGGUCAUGCAGAGAUUGGGGGUGCCCUGCGCGUGGACAAGACCUGA